CCAAUCAUUCGCCCGACGAUCCCUAAGCCCGAAGGUUUGGUACCCCGGUUCCUCAAGUGCGACACCUCGCUGUAUCAACACGCCUAAAUCUUCGCCCGCUUCCCCGUAUCUCAUUCCGACAAGUAGAAAACACAACAGAUAUAAAUAAAAAUAGCAGAAGCUGAAAAUACCUUGUGCACACACGGAUCAGAAGUUUUCGCUGCAGAAGUUACGCCGCAGAAAUUUUCGCUGCAGCUGAAAGGACGAUGACUUUUCAAAGAUGCGCUUUCGUCGUAGGAAUUUUAGUCUGUUAUUCUUCGAGCUUGAUACAAGCGGAUUUUCCGAGAUUGCGAGAGGGAAGACAGAUGAACAUCGGUGAGAUCUGCCUGCAACAUCCGUUUCAUCCUCAAUGCCGGGGAAUUCAAAGUAAAAGAUCCUCGUCUCCAACGAACGAAGUUGACUAUCGUACCGCACACAGACUCGAGGAUCUAUUUGGAAUGACGGACGGCUCAAGGAAGCCUUCUCAUUCCUCGCGAUCCGGAAACAGCAUCGACAACAACUACGACAGGUCGAGACUUCUGACUGCACUACUGGACAGGGGCUUGAAUCCUGACGUAAUUUACGACUGGUACAUGAACCAAGUGCAGGAGAAAAAUGAUGGGAACAGAGGACAAUUGGACGAAGACAAUUUCCCGGGUAGUACUGUGAUCGGCGAUGACUAUUAAUUUUUGAACAAUGAUCUCGUGUAAUGUACCAACGGAUCAAUUUUUUCAAUACUCAACAACAAUAUUCUUGUAUAUACAUAUACACGUACAGCUUGUCCAAGCUUACAGAAAGUAAUCUAAAAAUUGAAACCUAAAAAAUGAAGAACGUGUACGUAAACUUAUAAUUGUAUAACCUGUUAUAAUUGGCAUCAUUAAAAGCGAAUCGGUACCCACGAUAUGAAACUACUAUAUAUAUAUUGUGAUUGUUAUGCAGUUUUCUCAAUUGACAAUUAUGCAGGGUAUGUUAUAACGUUAUUAUAUAUAUUACUCUGCCACAAAUCUUAUAGAGAGAGUACCGAGCUCGUUCAGUCGAAAAAUUUCGAGCUGUAUUUGAGGCAGGCAUGGAAAAGGGGGAAUAAAGCGAGAAAUACAGCGCAGUAAGCGAACUGCUUUAAAAAUUUUCAAUAUCACCAAUUUGUAGGAUAAGGUUUCCGAAAGUCUAGAUUGAGGUGUACAAUACAUGACAAUUAUUAGGUCACAAAUAAGAUCGAAGAAGAGCAAAAUUUAGACCCAAACCCUUUUUCCAAAUGUGUAUCGAGGAUUGUACGUGAAAUAAACCGACUUCUGGCUGUUGGAUAUGAAAUGAAUU